AAAAAAGUGCUCAAGAUGGUGCCACAUCAGCACAUCCAAUUUCAACCACUGCUGAGGAGAAAAACCAAAAGGAAGAUCAAGACCAGGCUCCAAAAGAAGAUAAAGGUAUAAAGGAAAACACCACCCAAAUACAGGGACAGUUGGCUACUGAUGUUUCUGAGCUGGACAGCAAAGGUCCUGCAUCAUCACAUAGCAAUGCAGACCCAGCCACAGUGGAAAAUGAGAGUGCAUCUUCAUCUCUUCACCAGACACAGUUUGACAGUGAACUAGCAGCUUGUGAGGAGAAACAGAAGCAAAAUGCUGUGGCUGCUGAAAUUAACUCUGACUCGUGCAGUGGGGCAACACCUGAAACAAACCUGUCUGUUCCUAAAACAACACCCUCCGCUACAUCUGCCCACAGUAAAAUACCAGCACAUCAAACAAGGGAUUCAUCAGAUAUAGACAAAGAUGACACCCCGGAUCCAUAUCAAAUUCCUUCUGACAAGCGAAGUGAUGUUCAUUCUGGACCCUUAUUUAACUCCAAAGAUUCCCCAAUAACCAAAGAAGCUGAGUCUACUGUCCCUGAAUCAUCUGAGGACAUAUUAAAAGAAGCCAAGGCAGCAACACAGCCUGCCCCACACCAAGAUGCAAACAAGACAACAUCUCAUGAGAUUCAAAAUCUCUCUCGGAAGUCAGCUGAUACUAAAAACUCCAUGAACACAGAUCAAAAUACGUUCACAAAACAGGCUGACAGGAAAAAAGACCAAGUAGGAGUUGAGACGUGUUAUUCAGAUGAUCAAAAUACCACAAAUUCAGAGAAGUCUUCAAGACCCAGCCCAGUAACAAAGGACACCAGCAAAGACACUGAGGUACAAUUGGCUGCUGCUGAAUCACAGCCAGACAGAGAGCAUUCUACAACACCAGACAACAUUGCAACCCAAGUUGAAGCAGAAAAUGGAAGCAGAUCCACAUCCCUUCUGCAGACACAGCUAGAAAGUAAAUUAGCUGCUUUCCCUCAAGGUAUAGAGUCUUGUAAUAAGAAAGAGGGACAUCUUGCUGUGACUGCUGAAAGUGACUCUGAAUUACGCAGUAAGGCAACACCUGAAACAAACCUAUCUGUUUCCACAACGCCGGUAACAAAGGACACCACCAAAAACACUGAGGCUACUUCCACUAACUCAAAUAAGGACACAGGUGCAUAUCUGGCAAAAGAACAGCAACGAGGCAAGAGAGAUGUAGUUGGCUCUAGGCCACCAACUUCAUCCUGCCCUCCCCAUCAUAGUGAUGUCCAAGUGGGCCAUCAGAGACCACAAAAUUCAUCAGUCAGUGAAGGAAUAUCUAUAUAUUUUCACGUUGUCGUUUCUAAUGACUUUCAUUUGGAUCCAGAGAAAGACUUUGUUGUGUUAAAAUCUGCAGCACUGUUAGGAAACUGGGAUGCUUACAUCGAAAUGUUCCCCAGGUCUCGUGGAGAUAAGGGAUAUCUUGUUGAAACACGUGUUAAAAUUCCCAAGGAAAAAAUUCAAGAGAGCAUUCCCUACAAAUAUGCAGUUUACAAGCACAGUAAAAAGGAGUUCAUUUAUGAGACCAUCUACCAGAAAGAGAAAAAUGACCGCAUCAACAGGUGCCUGUCAAUCAAACAAGAACUUUUAACAAGAGAAGGUGAAUGGCAUCAAUAUGAUGAUAUGAUCCAUCCCAAAUUAAACACUGCCUGGUACUGGAAUACUGCAAAAAAAACUGUGAUGGAAGGGAGAGACCAAGCUGGCUGGGAGAUGUUAAAAAUAAUCUUUGAUCUUCUCACAACCUGGAAUGAACAAAAUGUAGAAAACUUCUUUCUCCUGCUGCAACAGUUCAUUCAUACAUACACUUAUCCUCUACUUCAUGAUGGUAUGGAAAAACAGUGGGGAUUACCAUAUGGCUCAGAACAGAUUAAAUACCUUCUAAAAAAGUUUCUAGAGGAAAUUAUUGGUUUUAGGGCCAGAAAGAAAAGUGAAACAGUACAAUCCUUGCUACCAAAUCUCCAUGCAGGGAUUAUUGGUUUGCUUGUUUACAACAAGUAUCUGAAGGACAGCAUGAGAGAUAAACUUUCCAUUCUAUGCCGUCUUCUUUGCCUGCCUGAAUUGGCGCAGGGCCAGUUUGCCACUUUCUGGGAAAACUUUGCAAAUCCUUUGACAGAUAAAAAAAGAGUUGCAGAUGCACUGGAGAACCUUUGCCACACUGCUAUAACACACCAUAUUGAGAAGUGGGUCUUGGUCAUCCCUCUGAUUCAUCUACUGAGAGGAGAAAGCAAACCAUUUGAGCCAGUUUCCCCAGUCUUGAAUCCACAAUCUGAAUCUUGGAGAGGCUUGAGGGGAAUCAAAGUACCCAGCUACGCACAAAAUUGGAUUGAGAUCAUGGAAGAACAUGACUACCUG